ACUUUAAACCGACUGCUCAUCCUAUCCAUGAAGUAAAGCAGCCUACACGUGUUUACUGCGCGCAGACUAGUCUAUUGCCCAGACAGAUAUAUUUUUUAAUAAUUUCUGGGUCUUUAACCGGAAUAAAACAACGUAAAAAUGCCGAAGGUCAAAGCGGAGAAGAAAAGCAGGCAGCACCAAGAGGUCAAAAACCAAGGCAUCAUGUUUAACACCGGCAUGGGUCAGCACAUCCUGAAGAAUCCAUUGAUCGUAAAUGGAAUCAUUGAGAAGGCUGCGCUGAGGCCGACAGAUGUGGUUCUGGAGGUGGGACCUGGUACUGGUAACAUGACAGUGAAAUUGCUGGAAAAAGCCAAGAAGGUGGUGGCCUGUGAGUUGGACUGUAGAUUAGUGGCUGAACUUCAAAAAAGAGUACAGUGCACACCCAUGCAGACCAAACUUCAAAUAUUAGUCGGAGACGUGCUAAAAACAGAUUUGCCUUUCUUCGACGUCUGUGUGGCUAAUUUACCUUACCAGAUUUCGUCCCCGUUUGUCUUCAAGCUCCUACUACAUCGACCUUUCUUCAGGUGCGCCGUGUUGAUGUUCCAGAGAGAGUUUGCCAUGCGACUUGUUGCCAAACCUGGAGACAAGCUGUUCUGCAGACUGUCCAUAAACACGCAACUACUGGCUCGUGUUGACCAUCUGAUGAAGGUAGGGAAGAACAAUUUCCGUCCUCCUCCAAAAGUGGAGUCAAGUGUUGUCAGGAUAGAACCGAAAAAUCCUCCUCCUCCAGUUAACUUCCAGGAGUGGGAUGGCCUGGUCAGAAUAGCCUUUGUAAAAAACAAAACCCUCAAUGCGGCUUUCAAGUCCACUGCGGUAGAACAGCUGCUGGAAAAGAACUACAGAAUUCACUGCUCUGUACAUAAUGUGGAAAUCCCAGCAGACUUCAGCAUCAGCAAGAAGAUUGAGAGUGUUUUGCAGGAGGCUGAAUUCAGUGAAAAGAGAGCCAGGUCCAUGGACAUCGAUGACUUCAUGGUGCUGCUUCAUGCAUUCAACGCUGCAGGGAUCCACUUUUCUUAAAUGGCAGAGGUUAACUAUAGAGAACAGUGGUGUGCCUCUAAUGUCCUCUGGCCUUUAUGAUGAGAGGGGAGAAGUCAGCAGCCAGAUGACUGGGAGGAUUGUCUGACUGAUCUUUCCUCUUCUGGAGCUUUGUUUGGAUGACUUGAAUUUCAAAUCUUGAAAUAGUUAGAUGAAAUGUACAAAGGAUAUUGGAGGAUACGUUUAAAGAGCUCAUAUUGAGUGUGUUAUUUUACCCGUAUGAGUACAGAUUAAGUGUGCCUGGGCAUGCAUGGACAGCUUUUGGCAGAUGGAGGUUGUAUAAACCCUCUUGGCAAAGCGAGGGCCUCCGUCUGUCCGUCUGUUUGUCUGUCUGUCAUUUAUUGAAAAUAAUCUGUAAUGGAUGAUUAUUCUAAUCUAGAAGCAAUCUACAAUUUGUAUGU